AUGGCUCUGCGAGUCUUCAACAAGGUUAUGGCGAACACAAAGCCUAUUACUCAUCAUCCAGCUAAGGCAGGUGAGAGAUCAUUUCCAUGUUCUGAGUGUGAGAAAAGUUUUACAUACAAUUCAGAACUUGUUAGACAUCUGAGAAGUCACACAGGUGAGAAACCAUUUCCAUGUUCCGAGUGUGGGAAAUGUUUUGCAGGAAAAUCAUAUCUUGUUACACAUGAGAGAAGUCACACAGGUGAGAGGUCUUAUUCAUGCUCUGAGUGUGGAAAAUAUUUUGCACACAAAUCAUAUCUUGUUAUACAUCAUAGAAGUCAUACAGGUGAGAGACCAUUUUCUUGUUCUGAGUGUGGAAAAUGUUUUGCACGGAAAUCACAUCUUAUUACACAUCAGCGAAGUCACACAGGUGAGAAGCCAUUUCCAUGUUCUGAGUGUGGGAAAUGUUUUGCACACAAAUCACAUCUUGUUAUACAUCAGAUAAGUCACACAGGUGCGAAGCCAUUUUCUUGCUCUGAGUGUGGGAAAAGUUUUACCUGGAAAUCACAACUUGUUACACAUCAGAGAAGUCACACAGGUGAGAAGCCAUUUCCAUGUUCUGAGUGUGGGAAAUGUUUUGCACAUAAAUCAGAUCUUGUUAUACAUCUGAGAAGUCACACAGGUGCGAAGCCAUUUCCAUGCUCUAAAUGUGGGAAAUAUUUUACAUGGAAAUCAGAUCUUGUUAUACAUCACAGAAGUCACACAGGUGAGAAGCAGUUUUCUUGCGCUGAGUGCUGGAAAUAUUUUACACAGAAAUCACAACUUGUUAGACAUCAGAGAAGUCACACAGGUGAGAAGCCAUUUCCAUGUCCUGAGUGUGGGAAAUGUUUUUCACAGAAAUCACAACUUUUUACACAUCAGAGAAGUCACACAGGUGAGAAGCCAUUUCCAUGUUCUGAGUGUGGGAAAUGUUUUACACGAAAAUCACAACUUGUUAUACAUCAGAGAAGUCACAGAGGUGAGAAGCCAUUUCCAUGUUCCGAGUGUGAGAAAUGUUUUGCAAACAAAUCAGAUCUUGUUAGACAUCAGAGAAGUCAUACAGGUGAGAAGCCAUUUCCAUGUUCUGAGUGUGGGAAAUGUUUUACACAGAAAUCAAAUCUUGUUAUACAUCAGCAAAGACACAGAAGUCACACAGGUGAGAAGCCAUUUCCAUGUUUUGAGUGUGGGAAAUGUUUUGCACGGAAAUCACGUCUUGUUAGACAUCAGAGAAGUCACACAGGUGAGAAGCCAUUUCCAUGUUCUGAGUGUGGGAAAUGUUUUACACAGAAUUCACAACUUGUUGCACAUCAGAGAAGUCACACAGGUGAGAAGCCAUUUCCAUGUUCUGAGUGUGGGAAAUGUUUUGCACAGAAAUCAGUUCUUGUUAAACAUAACAGAAGUCACACAGGUGAGAAGCCAUAUUCAUGUUCUGAGUGUGGGAAAUGUUUUGCAUACAAAUCAGCUCUUGUUAAACAUAACAGAAGUCACACAGGUGAGAAGCCAUUUCCAUGUUCUGAGUGUGGGAAAUGUUUUGCACACAAAUCAGAUCUUGUUAUACAUCACAGAAGUCACACAGGUGAGAAGCUGUUUUCUUGCUCUGAAUGCGGGAAAUGUUGUGCAAGUAAAUCACAACUUGUUAGACAUCACAGAAGCCACACAGGUGAGAAGCCAUUUUCUUGCUCUGAGUGCGGGAAAUGUUUUACACAAAAAUCACAUCUUGUUACACAUCAGAAAAGUCACACAGGUGAGAAGCCAUUUCCAUGUUCUGAGUGUGGGAAAUGUUUUGCACAAAAAUUACAUCUUGUUAGACAUCACAGAAGUCACACAGGUAAGAAACCAUUUUCUUGCUCUGAGUGUGGGAAAUGUUUUACACGGAAAUCACAUCUUGUUACACAUCAGCAAAGUCACAAAGGUGAGAAACCGUUUUCUUGCUCUGAGUGUGGGAAAUCUUAUUUAACUAAAUCACAUCUUGUUAUACAUCACAGAAGUCACACAGAUGAGAAGCCAUGUUCUUGCUCUGAGUGCGGCAAAUGUUUUACACAAAAAUCACAUCUUGUUACACAUCAGAAAAGUCACACAGGUGAGAAGGCAUUUCCAUGUUCUGAGUUUGGGAAAUGUUUUGCACGGAAAUCAGAUCUUGUUAUACAUCACAGAAGUCAUGCAGAUGAGAAGCCAUUUCCAUGUUCUGAGUGUGGGAAACGUUUUGCACACAAAUCAGAUCUUGUUAUACAUCACAGAAGUCACACAGGUGAGAAGCCAUUUUCUUGCACUAAGUGUGGGAAAUGUUUUGCACACAAAUCAGUUCUUGUUAGACAUAACAAGUCACACAGGUGAGAAGACAUUUCCAUGUUCUGGGAAAUGUUUUACACGGAAAUCACUUCUUCUUAGACAUCAGCGAACUCACACAGGUGAGAGGCCAUUUAUAUACUCUGAGAAAUAAAUCAGCUCUUGUUGCACAAAUUAGACAUCACUCAGGUGAGGAACCAUUUUAAUCUUCUGGAGUAUACUCAUCAUUGCCAUGCAUUGUUCUUCAAGGUUCUUAUCCUAUCUCUUUUGCUUUUUGCAAUAUACAUGUUACCACUGGGUGAAAUAAUCAGAUGUCAUGCCCUCAUCUACCACUGCUAUGCAGAUGACCUGUCUUUUGCUCUGGGUACUGAGAACCCAGUACCAAUCCUAAAUGGUUGUCUAGCUGAGCUCCAGGUGUGGGUGAUGCCAGUUGGCUGUGACUCAGUCCUGGUGAAACAUGUCCUUAUGAUAG